AUGCUGCCCUUGGCGGUGGGGAUGCGCGUGGUCUUGGCCGACCACCUCGAUCGCUCCGAGGACAAGCUCCUCCUCCGAGGUAGCGCCGGGCGCGUCCACUCCUGGGUCUGGGAGGAGAACGACCUGCGGCCGACUUGCGUCUAUGUGAAGUUUGACGGGGCGACCUGGCAGCUCGACGGGGCGCCGGAGCCGGGCCUCUACCCGGUCCACCCCGUCCGCAAGGUCUGGAAGCUGGACGCCAAGCGCAAGAAGCCGGUGCUCAAGAUCGCGCGGACGCAGCUGCCGCUGGCGCCGGCCUACGCGACCACGGCCCACGGCAGUCAAGGCAAGACGCUCCCCGCCGCGCUGGUUGACUUCAACGUCGACAAGCGGACCGACGUGACCUUCGGGACCGUGGCUGCAAGCAGGGUCCGCUCCAGGGAGGACGUCUUGAUCUUGAGGCCCUUCGAGCGCUGGCUCUACACCCGCGGCGCGCCGGAGGGCCCGGCGCUCCUGCUGAAACAACUGCGGGGGGAGGAGGUGGACUGGGAAGCCUUCAGGGAGGCAAAGGCGCCCUCUGCGGCCUGCGAGAAAUGCAAAGAUGUGAAGACGCUGGACUGCUUCUCCGACCGCCAGUGGGAGCGAGUCCGAGCCAACCGUUCGGCCAUUUGCCUUGCCUGCGGCCCAAGCAAGGGCGGCCAGAAAACGCUGAAGCGGAAGCUGCCGUCUGGCCUGACGCGCUUGGACUGCCGCGGGUGUAAAUUCCGGAAGCUGGAGGACGCCUUCCCCCGGGCGCAGCUUCAGCAGGACGAUUCUGAGGCGAAGCGGCGCUGUCUCAAGUGUUUGAAGAAAGUUGGCAUUUUGGAGUGCUCCGUCUGCGAAAGCACGAAGCAGAUCUCCGAAUUCAGCAGCGCGAUGGCGACCAUGCCGUGGGCGGCGGUUUGCGCUGAUUGCGCGGCCGACGUGAGAAGGCAGCCUAAGUGGGGCCGCGCCGGUUGGUUCACUUGCCGGACUUGCGACUUAUUCUUUCCGGGAGCCGGCGCUGCGGACCAGCGCUGUUUGAAUUGCGCUUCGCGCGGCUCUUGGGCUAAGGGCAAGAGCACGUGCCGCAAAUGCGGCGGCGCGUGGAGCGAGCCACGCGGGCAAGGGAGCGACAAGCGCCAAAGGCUUUGCCCAAAGUGCAGGCCGAAAGCAAGUCGCGCGAAGCGCUCGUGA